UUUCGCAGUAUUAUUAUUCCUCAGCCUUGUAAACAACUGCACCAAGACACUCCAACGAAAUUAUCACAUAACGCGACAAUAUCCUUGCGUUACAAUGUUUUCAUAUUGGAUUUAAAAAGCACACUAUCUCUUUAAAAACUUUCCAUCAACGCUGCCGAAAAGCAUUUUUUCGUUUAGCCGUGCGACGUUUUUUCUUCUGCCGUAAAGCAACUGGAGAGGUGCCUGUGAGCACAUAAAAAAGGAAAAGUGUUGGUUCAUCAGAGGCUGAAACCCACAAAAAAAAGAUCCGGAAUACCAACGAAACUGCGGGAUAACGCCGCCGUUUUCACCUUCCCUACCUGCGUAGUCCCGUUUCCCGGGUGGGCUCGGGUAGUUUUUGUGUAUUUCCGACGGCAUUUUUAUAUGAAACCUUAGCCCCCUCCCCUCUCCCCUCCUGCUUUCACUAGAGAGAGAUAGCCAGUCACUGCAAUGGCCUCCGAUAGCGGUAGCAACAUGGACAGAGAGAUGAUUCUGGCUGACUUUCAGGCUUGCACUGGCAUUGACAACAUUGCAGAAGCCAUUGCCCUCCUGGAGCUGAAUAACUGGGAUUUAGUGGCAGCUAUUAAUGGAGUGAUUCCACAAGAGAAUGGCAUCUUGCAAAGUAACUUCACCAGUGAGGCAACCCAAGCCGGUGGGUUUGGGCCAAACAGCUCACCUGUGGUGCCCCCCUCUUCCUCCCCAUCUUCCUCCUCCUCCUCCUCCGCCUCUGCCUUCUGCCCCGUGAUCCCCUCUCGACCCGUUGUGGAGCGUCAGCCACGCAUGCUCAACUUCCGCGUGGAGUACCGGGACCGCAACGUGGAGGUGGUGCUGGAGGAGUCCAGCACAGUGGGUGACAUUAAACAGAUCCUCGAAACCGAGCUGCAGAUUCCCGUGUCAAAAAUGCAGCUGAAGGGCUGGAAAACGGGAGACGUGACUGACAGUACUGUCCUGCGGAGCCUGCACUUGCCCAAGAACAACAGCCUGUAUGUGCUGACGCCAGACAUCGUCCCCACGGCCUCCACCAGCCAGACCAGCGCCCUGCAGGAAUCAUUAAAUCAGAACUUCCUGCUCAUCAUCAGCCAUCGUGAAGCCCAGCGGGAUUACAGCCUCAACUUCCCAGGAUCCAAAACCAUCCAGGAGGUAAAAAGAAACAUCUACGACUUGACCAACAUCCCUGUCCGACACCAGCAAUGGGAAGGCUGGCCCACCACUGCCACAGACGACUCGAUGACAUUGGCAGCAGCAGGCAUCAGCUACCCCUGCCACCACCUGAUUGUGUGUCGGAGGUCCUCUCCCACCAACACUAGGGAGCAGUCUGAAGAGUGUACAGAUGUUCACAUGGUGAGUGACAGCGAGGGGGAUGAUUUUGAAGAUGCCUCAGAAUUUGGAGUGGAUGAAGCUGAGAUGUUUGGGAUGGGGACUUCGAGUUGUCGGAAAUCUCCCAUGAUGCCAGAAAAUGCUGAGAGUGAAGGAGAUGCCUUACUGCAGUUUACUGCUGAAUUUUCAACAAGAUAUGGCGACUGUCACCCGGUGUUCUUCAUCGGCUCGCUGGAGGCGGCAUUUCAGGAGGCCUUCUAUGGGAAAGCCAGAGAUAGAAAGCUGCUUGCUAUCUACCUGCACCAUGAUGAGAGCGUCCUGACCAACGUCUUCUGCUCCCAGAUGCUGUGUGCCGAAUCCAUUGUCUCCUAUCUCAGUCAGAACUUCAUCACAUGGGCCUGGGAUGUCACUAAAGAGGCCAACAGAGCCAGGUUGCUGACAAUGUGCACAAGGCAUUUUGGCAGUGUGGUGGCACAGACCAUCCGAACUUACAAGACAGACCAAUUUCCCCUCUUCCUCAUUGUGAUGGGCAAACGGGCAUCAAACGAAGUGCUAAAUGUCAUUCAAGGGAACACGACAGUGGAUGAACUGAUGAUGAGGCUAAUGGGGGCGAUGGAGAUCUUUACAGCUCAGCAGCAAGAGGAUAUCAGAGAUGAGGAUGAACGUGAAGCAAGAGAGAUGGUGAAGAGGGAGCAAGAUGAAGCCUACCGCUUAUCUUUAGAGGCGGACCGCAAAAAGAGAGAAGCCCAGGAAAGGGAGGUGGCGGAGCAGGUUCGCCUGGAGCAGAUCCGGAAGGAGCAGGAGGAGGAGCGCGAGGCAAUCCGUCUGUCGUUGGAGCAGGCCCUGCCCCCAGAACCCGAGGAAGAGAGCAGCGAGCCCAUCAGCAAGCUCCGGAUCCGGACGCCCAGCGGAGAGUUCCUGGAGCGCCGCUUCCUGGGCAGCUGCAAGCUCCAGGUCCUCUUUGACUUUGUGGCGUCCAAGGGCUACCCCUUCGAGGAGUUCAAACUGCUGACCACCUUCCCCCGCAGAAACGUGACCCAGCUGGACCCUUCGUGGACUUUAGUGGAGGCAAAAUUAUUUCCCCAAGAAACUCUCUUCCUGGAAGCAAAAGAGUAGAAGAAGAGAGGCAUCCCGGAGGAAGGCAGACCAGCAUGCCCAUCGACUGGGAAGACUCACUGCAAAGAGCCAGCGAGCUGUCUACUCCUUCAACUCACAACACACACGCUCUCACACACACCGACAUGCACACACUCUUCCUCUCUCUCAACUCUCUGUAUCACAGUCUCUGUCCACAUGCUCGCUCCUGAGUAACACCAAGCAGGACUUCACACAAAGGCUUCUUAGAUACGUUUGUGUGUAAAGAAGAAAGCAAAACGAAAGACGAUACCUGGAAAAAAGGCUGUACUUUCUCCUUGGCCUUCCCUUCUCGAUCCCUCCCAGUCACAGGUGGCCUAUCCACCUUCACGCUGCUGAGAUGUGAAUGGUCACCCAUUAGGACUUGACUCUCAUCUUCCCUCCCUCCUGCCCCCUCGAUGAUCUUGCGUCUGCUUGAUUUCAUUGGUUCCCACUCCAUCCAGUCCCCAUAUCAUUUUUGAGUUGAAUGCUGUAUUUGUUUUAGUUUGUUAUACAGUAUAUAAAAAUAUAUAUAAAUAAUGUACUUGACUGAGCCAGCACUCUCUUGAAUAUACAUGCAUGCUGAUUUUUUUUUAAUUUUUAACUUUUUUUUAAUUUAUAAGGAGCUCUCAAUACAAAGAAAAAUCCUAAUUCUGCCAUGAAGAAUACACAGUAUUCAGGGUUGAAAUACAAUUCUUUUUGUUACUAAAUGAUUUCCUUUUGCCAUUCAAAUGAUGUUCAGGUAUUAUAAAGAAUAUAAUUUGACAUUUAUUAUUCAUAUUUAUUUUGGAAGCUUUUACUGCCCGUUAUCCCUUCAGGCUUGUUUACCAGCAUGUAUUUAUUUAUUUUUUUUCAUGGUGUGUGCAUAAGCUUUUUUUUUUUAAAGCUCUAGUUGUUUAUAUAUUGGCUUCCUGUGAGUUUCCAAUCACCAGCUCUUAUAGCGCAAACAUUAAAUUGUUCUCAGGAUUCUUCAGUUGGAUUUGGGAUCAUUUAUGGAGAUUCCAACCUCGUGCUUGGGCCAGAUCACUGUAUGCUCACAUUGCAUACCAUUUAAUCCCACCCUCAGAUAAACUGGCGCGAUUGGUGUGCCUUUACACACGUGCUUGCAGAUGUCUCGGAGGGAGAAAGAGACGGACGGGUCUUUUGAAACAGAGAGUGUUUUGGUCUGUUAGCUUGAAUACACACUUUGACAGCAGCAAAACAUUGUCCACGUGUGGCGUUCUGUGUUUGCAUUCAUCUUCAGAGCUAGUGUGGUGGCUUCAACGGAGACAGGGAUGUACAGGCCGAGUGGCUUUCAGAACCAAAAGAGCACGGCUAAUAUUAACCCGCUAUUUUGGACCGAUUGUCAUGCCAAUGUCUGGCAAAUGGCAAUACCAAAACUUCAAGCAGUACCUUUUCAGAUGUAGAGAAACGUGUCAGUAAUCAAUUCUGUCAUUCAGUGGAAAGGAAAAAUAAUUUAUGCCUUCUAUGUAAUUUAUAUUGAGUAUUUACUCACCCCAGUGAUGCUACAUUAUAAAAAGGUGACCACAGGGAUAUUUGUCCUCAAGUGAACAUGGAGCCUCUCAGUUACUGAUGCUAAUCUUUACAGGAUUGAGCACAGAAUUGUGGGUAAUCCAUGUACAGUUUAUGGUAUUUUUAAAAGCUUAAAAAGUUUAAAGCUGCACCCUGAGAUAUUCUCAUUUUCAUUGAGGAGCUGGCAAAACAAAAGUGUCAAGACUAGCCAAAAAAACAGUGAUUUAUUGAAAUGAUUUAUUUCUAGUGUAUGUAGUUAAUGUUGUAAAAAUCUAAUUGGCUUUGAAAGCACAUUAUAAGCAUUCAUUUAUUUGUCUCUCAAAUAAAUGUCAUUGUUCAGGUGCACGUACAACUUAAUUUAAAUAUCUCAACUGAUUGAAGUCAAUAUUCCCUGGUACAAUGACUGGGAAAAAACAUAAAAUGGUAUUAUAAAGAAACAAUGAGAAAAAAAAUCAACAGACCUUUUAAUAUGAAUAAAUUUGAUUAAAUUAAUAUACAGAAAUAGUGUACAACCGUUUAUGAAAUUCUGAUUUUAUAGCUUUUAUUCACGGUACUAACAUAAUUUAGUAGUUAUGACAGAUUGCAUAAUACUGUGAACAAGCCAUUUGAGUGCUCAAGUGCAGUGAGUUUCAUAAAUUACUUGUCUGAUGUACCAGGGUCCUUUGGUCCGCAGUUGAUCUCAACUUGGGAUUUUGAAAGCAAGAAACCUUUUGGUUGUGUGAAUGCUGUGUGCCUUGUUCCUUUAUGGAACAUGUAUGGGGUGUCAUGGCUGCAGUGUUUCAGCAGGCUAAGGACAGCAGUGACGGCUUUGUGUUUAACCCUGUGAGGACUUUGCUGUUUACGGAUGGCUGUGAUGAUAAGUUCGAUAAACAGGUACUUGUUUGCAAAGUACCUGCAAGAUAUUGGAAUGGUAGAUGUUUGAUUAUGUUGAAAUAGCCAGCAUCCAAGAAAAUUACUGUUUUUUUUUGUUUAAUUUAUUUAGUAUUUCUUUUUCUCAUAAUUAAGCUCAUAAACCUAGGAGGAUGAUCAUGCCUGUUCUUGUGUUCCUGAGCUAUUGUGCAACAGCUUAACAUUUUAAAAAGUCUGAAUAAAGUUAACUGGAAAUUAUUGCACUUUUACAAAGGGAAAAGUGGCAAUCUCCCAAAAUUCAGAACUUGUUCUGAACAUUUCUUGGAAGUCUCGUUUUCGCAACUCUACAGUAUUUCACUCUUGACUCCUGUACAUCGAAUUUUAAACUGAAUUCUUAAUAAAAGUUCUGAUUCUCACCUCUGCUGUGCAUUUCGCUAUCUGAAAUGGUGUUUCGUGAUCUAAGGCUUGGGAUGCCCCCUGGAAUUAUCAGGUUUUGCCCAAAAUGCCAAAUAAAUAUGGCUAGGGAGGUAGAAUUUGUUAAAGGUGUACUGUGCCUGUCACGCACUGAUUCUGAGUCUGUCUAAUGUUUGAUGUAUUUGGUUGAGAAUAUUUACCCCAAGUUAAAUCUGCUUUUGAUCUCUUAGACACUUAUUUUCCAAAAUAAGG